AUGCCACAGGCAACGCUAGUGACAAUUCGUUACGGGCCGUAUGAGUCCUGUGGGGUGGUGGAUUACAGGACCUGCCGCCUGCAGGGCUUGCAAGCAAUGCUGGAGGCCAAUGGACAUCAUUGCAUUCUCGAACAAUUCCUUGACUGGAACAUGGUGGAGCUUAUCGUAAAAGGAGAGUCUGUCUUCACAUUCAAAAUAACAGAUCUUGAUUUUGGAGGUGAUGGGAAAUUGGACCCAAUUUGCAAGAAAGCAGUGAAGGCAGUGAACGAUGCUUAUUGA